AUUCUGGACAAAAUGUCACAAUCAACUUCACUGGAGCCCGGAGGAUCUAACCCCAGAGCCAAAGAAUCAACAAUAACAACCCUCUUCUCCAACACCCACCUCAUCCUCAGCAUCUCCGCCUUGCUACGCGCAACACUCCUCCUCUGGGGCGAAUACCAAGACGCAAAUUCUCCCCUGAAGUACACAGACAUUGAUUACUUGGUUUUCACCGAUGCCUCUCGCUAUGUUCACCACAAUCAAUCUCCAUACUUGCGCGACACGUAUCGAUAUACACCACUCUUGGCUUGGUUACUCUAUCCCACCGCUUUGGGGGGUCGCUGGUUUUGUUUCGGUAAAGCGGUGUUUGCGGCUGGCGAUAUUGUCACUGGAUAUUUGAUUUUCUUGCUGUUGAGGAAGACGGUGGGCAUGGGAAAGGAAAAGGCGAUGGGGUUUGCGAGUAUUUGGUUGUUGAAUCCCAUGGUUGCUAAUAUUAGCACUAGAGGUAGUAGCGAAGGUUUGCUUGCUGUCAUUGUGGUGGGCACUUUGUGGGCGGCGCAGAUGGGGUAUACGAGGUUUGCUGGUGUGUUGUUGGGGUUGGGUGUGCAUUUCAAGAUUUAUCCGUUUGUUUAUGCGGUCAGUCUGUUUUGGUGGAUGGAUGGAAGUAAAGCUGGGAGUUGGGAUGGGAGAGGUGGUAUGCUUGGUGGUCUCGUCAACAAGAAGAGGGUGCAAUUGGCUCUGUUCAGCUUUGUCACUUUCAGUGGGUUGAACAUGGCCAUGUUUAAGCUUUAUGGCAUGGAUUUCAUCCGUCACAGCUAUACCUACCAUCUCACCCGCAUCGAUCAUCGCCACAACUUUUCCGUCUACAACACUUUACUGCACAUGAAGUCUGCUGCCACCUCAUCCUCGGGCCUCGGCGUUGAAUCUCUGGCUUUCUUCCCCCAACUUCUUCUCUCUGUGGUUGUCAUUCCUUUGCUGUUGGCAAAGAAGGAUCUGGCGGGUACAAUGUUGGCUCAAACGUUUGCAUUCGUCACGUUCAACAAGGUGUGCACGAGUCAGNNGUAUGUUUUGAUGGUUUUGGAAAGAUUUUCCUGUCUAGUUGCUGACGAGUGGAAAACAGUACUUUUGUGGUAUAUGGUCUUCUUGCCAUUCUACCUUCCUAACUCGUCGUUGUUGAGGAAGCCCAAGCUUGGAUAUACUGCUCUUGCCCUCUGGGUCAUCGGUCAGGCGCUGUGGCUGCACCAAGGCUACGAACUCGAGUUCCUCGGCAAAUCGACGUUUGUGCCAGGGCUCUGGGUAGCCAGCGUCCUUUUCUUUGGCAUAAACUGCUGGAUCCUUGGUAUCGUGGUCUCAGACAUUGCUUCCCAGCCCUCGUCCAGCCCUGCUUCUGUCCUCAAGAAGGCAGAAUGA